AUGUCAGCAUACAAAGCGGCUCCCGUGCAUCUCGUGGGCAGUUUCCGAGCUCCGGAUGCUACAACAGCAUUUUCAACAUGCUCGGCAGCGCUGAAAGGACGCAUCAAGUCCAUCCCCGACGGGGAACCGGGGUGGCGUUGGAACUUCACCAUUGGCCUGGUGCAGAAAAAAGCCACCGAGAACCCGGCGAUCGGCAAAAUCUGGCGUGAAUAUGACGAGAAAUACGAUCCUUUACCGGUCAAGGAGAUGCCGGCCGAGGAAGUUAAGCAGCUCCGUGACGCUAUCAAGUCGACGUCGUGGAAGCUCGGGUAUGCCGAGGACGCCGUCGAGUCUUACAAGAUCUUCUGCAAGCUGCGGGAGGAGGGGAUAAUCGAAAAGCACGUCCGUUUCCAAGUCUGUUUGCCGGGAGUGUCGAGUAUGGCCAUUUUUGUCAAGCCCACAUUCCAAUAUCUAGUAGAGGAUCUCGCGUACCAGGCCAUGCUGCAGGAGACUGAGGCGAUCGCGGCGGCCAUCCCAGCGGAGGAUCUCGCCAUCCAAUUCGACAUUGCCAGUGACUACAUCAAGAACGAGGCCCAACAGGAUCCGUCGUCGUAUCUAGGCGCGCUGCGGGAGGAUUUUCACCCACCGGCGGAGGACGCCAUGGAGCGGUACGCCAACCAGUACGCAGGAUUGAUUGGGAAGGUUCCCUCCGAAGCCUAUACGGGUCUGCACAUCUGCAUGGGAAACAUCAACAACAAGCCCGUCCUGGCGCCACGGGACAUGUCCAUCAUGGUCACACUGGCGAACCGGAUCGUAUCCAAGGCAAAGGCUAGCAGGCCCUUGCAGUGGAUUCACUUCGGAUGUCUGGCCGAUUGGAAGGACGAGACGCCGUACGCAGCGCUCACUAAGCUAGAGGACAAAAACAUCGCCGUUUAUCUGGGCCUCGUCUAUCCAGACGACCUGAAAGGUGCGAAGGAAAGGGUCGCUGCGGCAAGGAAGCAGUUGGGGGAGUUUGGUGUUGCACCGGUCUGUGGUCUAGCCAGGACUUCACGGGAAGGUGUCCAGUCGGUCCUCGACAUUCUCAAGGAACUGACCCCGGAGGCCGUGGUCAUUUAG